UAAUAAAAUAUCAAAUAUAUUUGAAAGCGAAUGGCAAUUAAGUUGGAAUUUCAACCUUAGAGAAUCUCCAUCUGUAUUUUGUUUCCUUAACAGCAAGAAGAAAAAUAUUUCAAUUAAAAAUAUUGCUUAAAUCUUUGUCAAUUUCCACAUAGAAGGCGGAAGUAAAUUGGUGGAAUUAAUUACAAAACCGAAAAGUUAGCAAAGUGACGAAGCCAUCAUGUUCUUCUUCUCCAUUUUUUUAAUAGGAAAAAAAAAAAAAAGUGUGACUUGGACGAUCAAGAUUUUCUUAAAUCAUGCCAAUCGAUGCCCUUCCUUUGUUGCUAUAUAUUUAUAAUAAAAAAGGCCAAAUACCUAAAUUUGUUAUUGCUAUUGAAUUCAGAAAUUAAGGUCAUCAAAAAAAAAAAAAAAACCUCCAUUGUUGUGGCGUUGAGUGGUGCUAGUGGUUAAAAAUUAGGGAAUUACAGUACAAGGAAGAUCAAACGAUGGGUCACAGCAGAAUAAAAAUGGAAUUGAUAGAGAAAGAGAGCACUCGAAUGCUUACUUACCAGAAAAGAAAGAAAAGCUUAGUGAAGAAAGUUUCAGAAUUCUCGAUUCUUUGUGGUGUUGAAGCUUGCUUGAUCAUUUUUGCACCUAAACAUAAAGAUCAGCCUGUCAAGAAGCUAGACACUGUCUGGCCACCGAAUUCCGAUGAAGCUAAAAGUAUUAUCAACAAGUACAAGAAAACUGAUCAGGCAAGAUGUUAUCUUGUUUCUCACUACUUCUUAGACAAGAAGAAGAAACUUGAUGUGGAGAUUUCAAAAUUGCAAAAGCAAGUUUAUGAAGCCAUUUAUCCAUCAUGGGAUAUUCAUCUCGACAAUUUCUCUGAAGAUCGAUUAAGAGUGCUUCUUACUCGAUUAGAAAGUAAAUUACAAGUUGCAGAUCAAAAACUUAACUUGUUUCAAGAUAAUCAGAACAAUCAAAUGGAUAUGUUCGUGCCGAGAAUGAUAUAUAACUCUCAUAACAUGGAAUGCUACAUGACCAGAAGCGACAACUUGCAGGUUUUUCCUGAGCUCAUGAGGCCAUUGGACGUUCAAUUUCCUAUCAGCUUCAUUCGAGGGCAGAACCCAUAUUCAAAUUUCAUGGCAAGCAACAAGGAAAAUGUCUGCUCGACUAGCUUGCAGCUUUUGUCUGAUUCUCAUUCGACUAUAGCUGGUCGAAGUUUGGCAGACAUGAACAACGAGAACAAUAACAGCAACUCAAGGAACUUGCAGUGGCAGUUGUUUUCUCCGAAAUCAUUGGAUGUUCAGUUGCCAAUUGAUUGUCAGACUAAGCAGAGUUUUCAAGGCAUGCCAUUAAAUCGAAAUCUAAUGGAGGAUGUGAUAACGAAGAUGUCGAACAAUCAGAAUUUUAGCAACCAAUUUGGUGACAGAGGUAUUAGUAACAUUCCAAGCUUGUCAGGACUGUCUUAUGUUAACCCUCAAUUCAUGAUGCCAGCGAAUUUUGUGCAAUCCAAUGUCGAUGUCUCUAUGCCCUUACAAACUAUGCUGCCACGACCACAACCGCAAGUUCCGCUAUCAAGCCUUCUUGAUCAGGCGUACCCUUCUGAAGUAGACAAGUUCUGUUAUGGCAUUGGAUUUCUAAAGCAGGAACAUAACUACAAGUAGACGUAUUCAAGUAGACUAGGGUUUUUGAAGAUCUAAUGAUUUUUUAAAUAAUAGAAAACAAGUGGGUUUGGCUUCUAAAUCUUGAUGUAACAGUCCUUCCAAGGUUUUGGCUUCAGGUUUUCCAAGUGAGACAGGAAUUCUUUUCAUAUGCUGCAUAACUUGUAGCAUUUUUAGCAUUUUCAGAUCCCUUUAUCUUUCAAUUUUCAUGGACAUAUAAUUACAGCAUAUAAAUUCAACUCAUUCUUCUCAUUUGGUGUUUGAUUA